CACAACACCAUAAGUGUCUAGAUUUCUUAGGGGCCAAACCACUUCCGGGUUGGUCUAAUGGUGUACUGUGCAUGAGAAUGUGAAUUGGAUUGUAUAUUAUGAUGAGUGCAGUUUCAAUUACGGAUAUUAAUUAAAACUCGACGUGUAGACGCACGAGUGCCGGUAGCAUCCGAGCGGACACGUUUGCUCGAGAGUUUGUCUUUGGAAGUUGCGCGUCUAAUUGCGUCCGUUCUCAAGUCUAAAAAUACCCGCCCACCAGUAGUUCGCAUCCUCGAGCUAUUCUCGGUGUACGCAAUAUACACGUAAUCGAAUUAGAAGUUGUGGUGCAGACCCGGAAGUGAGCGAGGGAUAUAAGGGAGUAGGUUGAGUGGGUGCGCUAGUUCCUUGCUCGGGCUGGCUGUGUGUUGUGUGAUGAUGUCGAUGAUGUCGAGCUCUCUCUGCUGUAUUGUGACCGAGUUCUGGUCCGAGUGCGACGUGAUUCAGUGCUUCGUGUCGAAGCAUGCGACCGGGCACGAGCUGCUCAACAAGGUGUGUGAUGUGUUGGGUCUUGUCGAGCGCGACUACUUCGGUCUCAGCUACACAGGGCCGGACGGACGCGUUUGGCUCAACCUCCGCAACUCCAUCCGAUUACAAGUGGGAGAGCAUGCACGCGAGCCGUACACGUUCGAGCUGAGAGUGAAGUUCUUUGUCAAUCCAUCACAGCUGCUGCAGGACAGAACCAGGUCUCGAUUCUAUCACGAUCUGAAGCGCCACUUGAGAACUGGAAAGUUUCGAUUCUCGGACAGCAACAGCUUGGCGCGCCUCGUCGCUCUCGCAUCACAUACAGACUUUGGGUUUGGUUCGAAUCCGAAUCGAGGAGCAACCCAUCGGUGCUACUGUAUGGAGGGAGAGUGGAGCGAGUCGUUGGAGACUGCCGUUACUCUGCAGCGAAUUCGGAUUAGUCAGUAUACUCGACAGGAGGCGAUCAACGAGUUCCUCAAGAUCAUUGCUGAUCAUCCAGCUUAUGGAGUCGAGACACACACACUCGAUGCGAACAAGAACAACGAGAGAAUCGCGAUCGAGUUGGGAAUGAGAGACUUAUACUUUGUCAAUAGGAAAGGACAGACAGAGCGUGGAUUUCCACUAAAAGAAGUCACUUUUGCAACAGCAAACGGCAAGCAAAUAAACGUGGCAUAUCAGGUUGAAGAUGGCAAGCUGAGGAAGGAGUCGUUCUACUUGCGAUCGAACGAGUCGGCAGCGAAUUUGGAACGAGCGAUCACCGAGCGUCACAUCUUUUAUCAUCGCUUGAAGGUUAACUUCACUGAGACCCCUCGAUUUGCGAGUUGUGUGGACACCAUUGGAAGCAAGUUGUACUCCCAGUGGAAGAGCCAUCGACGAAUCUACAAGUACGACGUCACUCGUACGUCCAGAGAAGCGUUCUUCGUCUACUGGGACAAACUCUACCAACAACGACAAUACAGUGUAACACAAUUCAACGACUUCGACGAUAUCUAUAUCUCCGAGGAACACUUGGCUCUCAAUAGAAACACGUCACCGCUUACUUCUCACUCUCACACACACAGAGAGAGAAGCAACAGCAUGGAGACAAACUCGAUGAACCUUGGAAGCUCAACCGAUCUCACAAGCUCAUCGGAAAGCAUCGAUCAACCCGUUUCGAUGUCCAGAUCCAACUUGGAGUGUAAGGUCUGCAUGGCGAGGAUGCUAGACACCGUGUUCUGUCCGUGUGGCCACGCUGUAUGCUGCAGAUCGUGUGCACUGCGAUGCAAAUCGUGUCCAAUAUGCAGAGCACACGUUCACCUACUGCAGCAGCUCUAUCUGCCUAUCAUGUAGGCUCGAUGACAGACUCACAUCGAACUAAAUACUAACUAAUCACCUAAUCACGGAGUCUAGAUUUCUAGCAUAAGUAGCCAUUUCUACUAAUAUUAUUUGAAUACCAAAUACAUGAGAACACAGAG